CCGAAAUUUCCUUCACCUGCGAAUUUCGACUGAUCGUUGCAUGCUGUGAAUUUCGAUUGAAGUGAUUCAAAUGCAAAGCAAGAUCGAAGCAUAAACAACCGAUAUAGAGGAAAGCAUAAACUUCUGGUUGAAUCCGAAAGGGUAACCGAGGAGAUGGAUGUCGUACAUGAUAGAGAAAGUAUAAUUGCAGAAGAAGAAGAAGAUAGGAUAAGCAACUUGCCAGAUGAGAUUAUUCAUCAGAUUCUAUCUUUUCUUGACAUGAAAUUUGCUAUUCAGACAAGUACAUUGUCUAAGAAAUGGAAGCAUAUUUGGACUUCAAUGCCAUAUCUUAAAUUCAAUAGUCAAGUGUUUCAUACUAUGCCUCAAUUUGCCAAAUUCGUGAAACAUGUACUAUCUCACCGAAACCAACGUAUAGAAGCUUCUGCAGUUGAUCUCACAUUCACUGGAGCACCCAACCAAUUUGUUGUUAGAAGUAUUUUAAACUAUGCAUAUUCGCAUAAUGUUAAGCAACUGACUGUGAUAUGGCUCACUAAGAAAGUCCUUGAGUUCCCACAAAGUCUUUUCAGGUCUCAGACUCUCAAACAUCUUACCCUUGCUACCAAUGAACAAUCUGUUAUCGGACGAAGCAUACCUACUUAUGCUUGGGAUUUUCCGGCUUUAGAAACUCUGAAUUUGAGUAAUAUGCAAUUCGGUUACAAUAAAGAUGAGAUUCUCAACCCUUUUUCCAAGUGUGCCAACUUGAAAGACCUCACUUUACAUCGGUUUACCAUGAACUACCUGGAUAUUUUCCAUAUUUGUGCUCCACAACUUUCUAAUCUCACAAUUACAGAUCCUACCGGAUUCCCUAUGAUUUUCAACGUGGUUGCUCCUCUACUUGAGAACUUGACAGCAUCAGUUGAUGCCUAUCACUACGGGGGCUUCGCCAAUUAUUUGCGGUUAUCCACUGAGGGUUUGGAUUCUCUAGAGCAAGUGAAUCUCUCCAUGUCAAGGUCUAAAUUCAAAAAUUGCAUAAAAGAGAUAGAUGUUCCCCAUCUACUGGAUUUAUUCCAGAAACUCAGCAGUGUCAAAGUUCUUAUCCUUGAUAUGGCCAUCAUUCAGGCUCUGCCCUCGUGCCUAGAUCAACUCUUGCUUGAACCUUGUCCAUUCAAUAACUUGAAGUGUUUGAAGAUAGAUAAGCCGCCGCUGAAGCAGAAGGACCAUAUACCAACAAUGCCCAUUCAAUUCAUAAACUACUUCCUUGAGAGCUCUCCAAGUGUCCCUUUCAUCAUGGACAUACCUCAGGAAUGGAGAAUCGAGUGGAAAUCGAAGUCCAAAGCUAGUAAGCAAAAUAGGAACACCCAACAUGACAGAGUGGUGUUCAAACAUAUCGAGGUCUCCAAUACCGUUACACAACAUAGAAAGCGUUUGGAAAAAGAUUUGUGUCGCCCUGUGACUGCAAGUGAGAUAUAUGAUAGGACCCAUACGGUAGCGUUGAGGUCCCUAAGGUUACAGGAGGCGUCAAUAAACGGGGUCGUACGGGACUUCUUUAAUAGAUGAGCUUCACAAUUUAUGAUACAUAUGUGUAGGAGGAAAGGGAAAGAGGAGAUUGUUUGACAUCGCUAAGCGGAGGGAUCCGUAAUUCGUAGGCGGUUCGAGCAUUGGUUCUGUGUUGCUUCGUGUUGUGGCAAGGUUUGUUUAUUCUUCUAUAUUAAUCGUGAAAACACUAUAAAUGCAUUCGUGUAAUGCAACAUAAUACAUGUUUAUUUCGGCUUUCUCGAUUUUAUUUUAUGAGUUUGUGUUUUUUUGAGAG